CAACAAAGCUACGAGUCGCAUCCUCACCAAGAAACUUUAGAAUUUAUAAAGCUAAAAGAGAUAAAAUCAUUAUGGCAAGUUCUGCAAUAGCAUCUCGUUGGAGAGAACUUAGUGGUGAAAACAACUGGGAGGGUUUACUGGACCCUCUUGAUCUUGAAUUUCGCCGCUAUCUCAUUCACUAUCUCCAAAGGGCUGGAGCUGCUGGUGAUGCUUUCAAUGGGACCAAGGCUUCAAAGGGUUAUGCUCUUAGCCUAUACCCACCUGACGAGUAUUUCGCUAGGGUUGGUCUUGAAAAGGGUAACCCAUACCGUUAUAAAGUGACCAACUUCAUAUACGCUGCUCCGAGCGAUGAUGAAGUUGCAUAUUUUGGUUAUGUGGCGGUGGCCACAGAUGAAGGAAAAGUUGUUCUUGGAAGGAGGGAUAUUCUUGUUUCAUGGAGAGGAACCAUAACAAUAUCUGAGUGGGUUAGCGAUGCUAAUGUUUUUCGAACAUCAGCUAAAGAUUUGUUCGGAACUGGCUCUGUUAAGGUUCAUACUGGUUUUUACAACACCUAUAUGAACUCAAAUGCAAAUUCCCCUUACACUAAAACGAGCGCCAGGCAACAGGCUUGUAAAGCGGUGAAGGAGCUGGUGGACAAGUAUCAGAACGAGGAGGUCAGCAUAACUGUAACAGGCCAUAGUUUAGGUGCUGCACUUGCAACCCUAAACGCUAUGGACAUAGCUCAUAAUGGUUUCAACAAGCCAACAGACAACUCGAAUAAAGCGUUCAUGGUGACUUGCUUUCCAGCUGCUAGCCCUCGUGUUGGAAACCUAGCCUUCAAAGGAGUUUGUGAUAGACUUGAGAACUUCCAUAUCCUACGCAUCGUAAAUUCCAAAGAUCCUGUCCCUAAGGUUCCAUUUGGACCAAAAUACUUCCAUGUGGGAGAAGAGUUGGGGAUUGACACAACCAAGUCACCCUACUUGAAAGAGAAAAUUAUUAAUCCUCACAAUUUGGAGGGUUACCAGCAUGCAAUUGCAGGGAUGCAAAAAGAUGGAGAUUUCAAACUUGAAGAAGAACUAGAUUUUGAUAAUGCAGUCAUAAACAAAAGUAGUGAUGGCUUACUGGACAAAUACAAAAUACCAGAUAACUGGUGGACUCAGGAGUUGUUCAAAAACAUGGUUCAAACGGACGAUGGGCACUGGAAGUUCAAUGACACUGCCUAUGUGCCAGAUCCGCCGAGUGCUUAAUUGGACCGGUCGAUCAUGUCAAAUAAAUAACAUCCUUUUAAAUGCAAUCAUAUAAAACCAGUAUUGUAUCUCUGUCCUGCAAAGUACCUCUACUUACAGUUCUAACUCCUAAUAGCAAAUUAAAACAAAGUUGGACGUUAAGGUCGCUUAUCAGCAUAGCCCCCAUUGCGUCGGACAUGAUUGUGCUGUCUGAACUCUGUGUGUUUGUCUACAUAUUUCCAUGAAUAAAGUUAGUGCUUUUUUUUUU